AUGGGGGUUGAUGCUCUUAAGGAUCUCUACAAAGAUGAUCUUGAUUUCAAAAAGGCAGUCAAUUGUGUGCGCAGUCAUUUUGGCCUAGACAAAACAUUGGAGCAGGUGAAAGGGUAUUACUUUUGGCCUAAACUUCAAGCAAAUAUUAGAAGGUUUGUUGAGAGUUGUGAAAUAUUUCAAAGAGCCAAAGGAACUUCCACUAAUGCAAGUCUUUAUCAGCCUCUUCCAAUCCCUACCCAGCCUUGGGAAAUUCAUGGGCAAGCAUGUGACUUGGUGAUAACUCAAGCGGAGUUUGCUUACAAUGACUCCAUCAAUAGGAGUAUAGGUAAAAGUCCUUUUGAAGUGGUUUAUGGAUUUAAUCCAAGAGUAGUUUUGAAACUUAGAGAUCUGAGUGGUAUGGACAAGAAGAGUGCAUUAGGGGAAUAUUUUGCUAUAAGCAUGCAAGAGAAUCAUGACAAGGUGAGAGAUACUCUUCAACAAAGUGCAACAAACUAUAAAGAGAAGGUUGAUGUAAAAAUAAGAGACGUUCAGUUUAAGGUGGGAGAUUUGGCCAUGGCACAUUUGAAGAAGGCAAGACUUCCAGAGGGGAAUCCUAGUAGGAUUUUUAUGAAAAAUUUGGUCCUUGUAGGUGUGUGGGGGAAAAAGUGA